GCACAUUCUUUACAUUUUUCCUCAGGCAAGUAAGAUACAGGAUACAAGACAUUUAACCACUGAAACUACAACAGAUUUGAGAGAAUUCCUUGUCAUAAUGCAGAGUGUCAAGUGUGUGAUUGUUGGAGACAAUGGAGUAGGAAAGUCCUACCUACUCCACACCUACAUCAACAAAUCCUUUCCAGGAGUCUACACUCCAUGUUUCUAUGAUACACACAGCACACAGGUCAGUGUCGGCAGCCAGCAGGUCUGCCUCACUAUUGCAGACACCGCUGGCAGGGAGGACUACCUUCGCUUUCGCCAGCUCUCCUACAACCACGUGGAUACCAUCGUCAUCUGCUUCUCCAUUGCCAACCCGACAUCCUACGAGAAUGUGAAGCAAAAAUGGUACCCAGAAGUCAAACACAACUGCCCUGAUGUGCCUUUGCUCCUUGUGGGAACCAAGAGUGACCUGCGAGAUAAUCAGGAGGUCCUGGAGACACUGAAGCAGCAGCAUCAGAGCACGGUCACCCUGCAGGAGGGAACUGAAAUGGCAAAUCAAAUCAAGGCUGUUAAAUAUCUUGAGUGUGCUUCAAUCAACCAGGAGGGACUGGAUGAGGUGUUUGAUGAGGCCGUGCUUGCCUUCCUCAGCCAUUCACGAAUCACCAAGAAACCAUGUGUUCUCUUGUAGGUUGGAUUGCAGACAAUGGUUGGACGGUGGUUUCUAUGCAUACAUACUUCAUGUGUUUAUGUAAGCCACCAGACUGUUGUAAUGCCUUGUAUGCACUUGUGCACGUGAAUACCACAAAAUUAUCCAACUUGACUUGACAAACUGUUAGUUACAUUAGCUGGAUCAUCAAAUAACUAAUUGUUUAUUUAUGAUUUCCCCAAUGACUGAAACCUUUCUACCUGUGAUGAUAAUGAGACUACUACUUUAUCAACAGUACAAUUAAGACGUCCUGAUAACUGUGAUGUUGCUCAGAACUCAAUCUGAAGAACAAAUAAUUAAACUGCAGCUAUAAACUGUGACUCUGUGUGACAGCUCACCUGUCUGUUAAGAACAAAAGUGUACAGUGUGUCGGCUGUGGCU